UUUUAAUCUCUUAUUGCUAAUCUCACUCUUCUUUCUACCAUUGGAGAAAAAAGAACUCUAGUAACAAAUAUGCAUAGCAUAGCAAAACAAAUUUCCUUAUUUCAAGGUAGUAUCUCUUAAAUUGGAAAUUAAGUAGAGUCCAGGGGCAACAGAUCCAGAAACAGACUAUUUGUUCUCUGGUUGGAUGAUCCCUGAUAACUGUAUCUCCCCUUGGCUUUUAUCCUUCAGAUAAAGGGGUAAGAGAGUCAGUUUCCACUAGGCCCUGAGACGAAGGCUAUGGAUCACCUUUAUCCUUAACUUUUAAAGACUUUUUUUCAAAUGUGUAUUAAUCUCACAGUUUACCAUUAUUACCUUAUGUUUUUUAUAGAGCUUUCAAGUUCACAAAGCAGUUCACAAGCAAUUGAUUACAGUUUUUAGUUAAUGGUUUAAUCCAAGUCCCUUUCUUCUCCCUGCUCUUCUCACAUUCUGCCUUCUUCUGCCCUCUAUCUUUUCUGGUUUUCUAUUUAUAAGCAAAUUUGUUGUAUUUUCUAGCCCUGAAGAGAAAGUGACAAGGAUACAUUUCAGCAGCCCUUUUAUAUUUUGUUUAUGUGUAAGGAUUGAACCACAUCUGGAAACAUCAUUUAUAUUUAUUUGAGAACACCCCCAUACUACUGAUUGAAGUUUACUUUCACCAAUUAGUAGACUGUAGAUUCUCAGCCUGAAUUUGAAUGGAUUUGGUUCCUUCCUAAGGAGCAGAUUUGAACUCUAGAAUAAAGAUCCCAGAUGAGGAGACAUUGUCCCUGAAUGAGGAGAUGGCUACUUCUGGGAGUACUCAACAUCCACAUUUACAAGAACAAGAUGAGGUUCUAAGAAUGUCUUUUUCUGAGGAAAAUGAAACUCAUCUAAAAGGAAAUACAUUUGAUGCUGCAAUCUCGCAUCGUAACUUCAGACACUUUCAGUACUCAGAAGCAGAUGGACCCCAAAAGACCCUACACCAUCUUCGAGAGCUCUGCCAUCAAUGGCUGAGACCAGAUAUUCACACCAAGGAGCAGAUCCUGGAGAUGUUGGUAUUAGAACAAUUUUGGGCAAUCUUGCCUGGAGAGAUCAGAACUUGGGUAAAGUCACAUCAUCCAAAGAAUGGGGAAGAGGUGGUGAACCUGAUAGAAGAUUUGACCCAAAUGCUUAAGGAGGAAGUUCUGCCUUCUCAAGACUCUGGCCUUCCCCAAGAAGAAGAAAGAGUAGUCCCUGAAGUCAUGAUAGUCAAUUCACAGAAAUCAACAGAAUUCAGGGAUGUGGCUGUGGAUUUCACCUUGGAGGAAUGGGAUCUACUAGACUCUGCUCAGAGGGACCUGUACAGGGAUGUUAUGCUGGAGAACUAUAGAAACCUAGUCUCCCUGGGGCUGUCAAUUCCCAAACCAGAUGUCGUCACCCAAUUGGAACAAUCUCAGGCACCAGUGAUGCUGGAGAAAGAAGUCUCAAGAUGUAGCUCUCCAGAUAAGAAGACUCCUUCAAGAAUCACAGAGUUAAUUCCAAAGCAAGAUACUACUUUGAAAGCAUCAGCUCAAGAACAACUUACAAGGGAUGGUUCCUCAGACUGCAGUUUAGAGACACCUAGAAAAUGUGAAAUCAGAUUAGAGAAGCAACAAGACAACCAAAAGAAACACUGCCAGCAAGCAACAGUUGGCCACAAGAAAACUUCUAAAAAUAUAAGCAGCCAUGAAUGUAAGAAAUCUGAGAGCUUAAAUGGAGAACAAAUCCUUUCUCCCAAAGAGAAAAUUUCUGCAGGAAAAAAUCUCCACAAAUGUGACACACAUUUAAGAAACUUCAAACAGUAUUCUGGACCCAAAUUAACUAAAGGUAAUCAAGUCCCUACAUCAGGGAAGAAACCUUGUAAGGUUAAUGAAUGCAAGAAAAUGUUUAUUCCCCACUCAGAUCUUAAUGAAUAUGAUAAAAGAACCUCUGGAGAGCUACCAUACAAAUGUGACAAAUGUGGGAAAGUCUUCCACUGGAAGAGACAUCUCGUUCAACAUCAAAAAAUUCAUACUGGAAUAAAAACCUAUGAAUGUAAUGAGUGUGGGAAAACUUUUAGACAUAGCUCAUCCCUCCCUGCUCAUCUGAGAAUUCAUACUGGAGAGAAGCCCUACAAAUGUAGUGAUUGUGGGAAAGCUUUCAACUAUAGUUCAUCGUUUUUUGAACAUAUAAGAAUCCAUACUGGGACAAAACCCUAUUCGUGUGACAUAUGUGGGAAAGCCUUUAACCACAGCUCAUCACUUACUGAACAUGAGAGAAUUCAUACUGGAGAGAAACCCUAUGAAUGUAAUGAAUGUGGGAAGUCUUUCAGCCAGAUGGGACAUCUUACUAAACAUCACAGAAUCCAUACUGGAGAAAAACCCUAUACAUGUAGUGAAUGUGGGAAAUCCUUCAGUUGGAGUGCAGACCUUACUCAGCAUCAGAGAAUUCAUACAGGAGAAAAACCCUAUGAAUGUAAUGAAUGUGGGAAGACCUUCAGGUGGAACACCUACCUUACUCAACAUCAGAGAAUCCAUACCGGAGAGAAACCCUAUAAAUGCAAUGAAUGUGGAAAAUCUUUUAGGCAGAAAGGUCACCUUACUCAGCAUCAGAGAAUCCAUACUGGAGAGAAACCCUAUCAUUGUAAUGAAUGUGGGAAAGCCUUCAGCGUCAGCUCAUCCCUUAUUAAGCAUCAAAAAAUUCAUACUGGGAAGAGAUUCUAUAAAUGAAUGUCAUAUGGAAAAUCUUUCAAAUGUAGUCCAGUUUUUCUUCAGCUAUUAAAGAAAAUGGAACUGUAAUAAUGUGGGUAAAGGUCACACUUGGCUCUUUUUAAAUGCUUGAGAGUUAAGGUAUCAAUUCAACAUCUGAGACUUUAAAUUUUCCUUUACAUUUUUCUUGAAAUGCACAUUGUGAAUAACAAUGGGGAAAGGGGAGUGUUUGUGCACUUUGGAGGUUUUUCUAAGAUUUUCAAGGUCAUGGAAAAAUUGUUCUUUGAUAGAUAUAUAUAUCUAUAUAUAGAUAUAUAUCUAUAUAUAUAUAUUUGGGGGGGGUGUGUGAUCAAGUUCCCCUUAUCUUAUUUUGGGUGAAGAGUAUGAUUACUUAAUGAUUAGAAAAACGUAAUUUCCCAACUUAGAUUAGUUUGUCUAAAAUAUCUUGCAAAUUCAAGUAGCCCUAUGAAUUGAAAGUGAUAUGAUUACCACCCAAUAGAUGUAUUGUGUUUUUUAAUAUAAGGAAACAUUGAAUUCUAGGCUCUUUGAAAGGGAAUAGGAAAACCAGUAUGCUUGACAAUUUGGUUUAUUUUUUAAAAUAUUUUUUCUUUUGAAGUUAAACAUCAAGAAACAUGAGCAUUUUAUAUGCAAAGAAUAACUAAAAGGGGCUUUCAUAGAAAAGUGAACUUUUGUUAACUGACUUCUUUUUCUUUUUUUUUUAAACCCUUACCUUCCAUUUUGGAAUCAACACUCUGUAUUGGUUCCAAGGCAGAAGAGUGGUAAGGGCUAGGCAAUGGGGGUUAAGUGACUUGCCCAGGGUCACACAGCUGGGAAGUGUCUGAGGCCAGAUUUGAACCUAGGACCUCCCGUCUCUAGGCCUGGCUCAAUCCACGGAACUACCCAGCUGCCCCCCUGACUUAUUUUUCAAAAGGAAUUAUCUUCCAUGAAAUUUUGGAAUAUUUGUAUAUUAGAUUUAAUUGUGCUCUUUAAUAAUAGGUAUAUCUUAUUUUCUAUUUUCUUAGUUUUCCCUUGUUUUCAAGUGUUUUUGAGGAGUCAGAAAACUUUCAACUAAACAGACUAAUCUUUCCAGCUCUCAAUCCUUGCAAAAAGAAACGGAUUCCUUGGCCUCGAAUAUUUUAACAAGUAACAAAGGGGGAGGCCAUGAUGCAGUGGAAGGAACACCAGACUUGGAAAUAUCAAGUUCUGCUUUGGCUACUUACUGCAUAUAUGACUUCCAGUAAGUCACUUAGCAUCUCUGGGCCUCAAUAUCUUCAUCUGUAAAAUGAAGAAGUUCAAUACAAUAACCCUGAAGGGUUCUUCCAAGUUUUAUAUAUAUAUGUAUAUGUAUGUGAGUAUAUGUGUGUCUGUACAUAUGUGUGUGUAAUCCUAUGACUCUAAAGAAGUUUAACUUCUUUGGAAGUAUUAGGAAGUAACAUAGGGGAAGUACCUCAAAUAUAUCAAGUUGUUAAUGUUAUUAGAGGUUUCCUGAAUGACUGAUGUUGAAACUGGAACUGGAAGAGUAAAACAAUGAGCUUAGACGAAAAAAAACCCAGAUGGAUGAAUCCCAGAAUCAGCUGUGUGUGUGUGUGUGUGUGUCUAAAAGGAAAGGUACAAUUAUCCUUUUGGGAUAAAGCAGUAAUAGGCACUCAUCUUAAGGAGAAUCAGGAUAGGCCAGGGUACUCUUGGACAAAUUUAGGCAAGGAUUGUUGUUGUUCCAUCAUUUCAGCUAUGUCAGACUCUUCAUGAGCACAUUUGGGAUUUUCUUGACAAAGACACAGGAGUGGUUGGCCUUUUUUUUCUCCAACUCAUUUUACAGAUGAGGAAACUCAGGCAAACUGGACUAAGUGAGUGACUGUCAAGUGGCUAGUAUGUAUUUGAGGCCAGAUUUGAACUCAUAAAGGUAAGAAUUAGCUUGGGAAAUUUAGACAGUAAUUGGUCUAAGCCUGGGUUGGUUUGAUUUGUACUUCUAAUUACUUGAUAUAAUAUCUCUUAAUUUGUAUGUUGCUUUUAUCCUUGUUAUUAAACAAAGUCUGGAAUGUGUGAAGAUAGGGAAUAAAAGGGCUUGGGGAAAGAGCAAAUAUGUUAAGACCAAAGCACUUGCAUAUAGUCAUUGUGGCUAAGGAGGCAGAAUAAGUAAGUAGGUAAAACAGAUCUGUGAAUUCAAAGAAAUAAGCCAUAUCAGAGAUCUAGGAAAGUCCGAAAGAUCUAAUACUUGAGCCUUGGAGCUUCUGCAAUCAGAAAUGUCUUAAAAGAAAUUAAAUCCUUAAGGACUACAGAGAAUUCCCCUUCAUUAAUUCCCAGAGAAUAAGUUAAUAAUUGGGGAAUUUUACCACAGGUCAGUAAGGACUAAGGUCCUAGGUAUGGUUAAGAUGAAGCAUAAAGGAUCAUUCUCAUUUUGAAUUAACAUAGGGAAAGGAUGCUUCAGAACUCUGGAAUUAUGGGCACUGAGGACUCUGCCCAUACUUUUAGGUUAGAGUACUUUGAGAAACCACCCGGUCUGUAUUAGGUAAUGUUAAAUUAUAUGCACUUUCAAUUACCUUAACUUUCUUCUUGAUAUUUCUGAAAUUAUACUUUUUCUCUAUUAAUAAAUAUCCCUAUUUAAAUAUAAAAUGGCACUUGCAAUCCUGGGAACUAUAGACAUUUCAUGAUGGUAGCAUUUUUAUACAGUAUCCUUAACUUUUAAACAGUGUAGUUCCUCUGCCUUUCUCUGCUGUGACCUCAAGAGGAGCCUACAUAGGAUGCUAACACCUAUGCUAGAUGUAGUGCCCUUGUACCUCCAUGCUCAUUAUCUAGGGCAUUUCAUUUUAGUCCUUAAACCUCCUCUUUUUAAAUGAAAAUGUUUGUAAUAAAGAUCUGUUGUUUGUUGUUUUUUUUAAAGGAAGUCUAUAGGACAAGUCUGAAAUGUUUAAUAGGAAGUUAAUGAUUAAGGACCUGAGCUCAGGAAAGACUAAAGUUGGAUAUAAAUAUUCCUGAGUCACAUUAAUAAAGAUGAUAAAUCCAUAGGAAAUGACAGUCAAUAAGUGAGAAUAUUUAGAGAGAGAAGAACAUAGUGCCUAGUCUAGGGUCUUGGAUUACAUUUAGAGGCAUGCAGUUAGGAAACUUCCUGAUUUAAUUUGGGGCUGUAGUGAGGACCCAUAGUCUAAGACCAAAACACAUAGCUAAGACAAUCCCAAAUUAACUUGGGAUAAAAUAUUUGGUGCUUUUCUAGAGAAAAGAAAGGGGUGGUCUAGGUCAAGAGAAUUCUCAUUAAUUACCCUAUACUCAGUACACUUUACCUCAUAAAUUUUGACCAUUUACUUUGAAAACUCAGGCAGUUUUCUUUAUACUUCUAAUUAGUUUCUUUAUGAUAAAAGGUAGCAUGUAUUCAAGAGAAAACUGAUACAAAGACAAAUAUUUUUGUUCUAGUCCUGAGUGACAUGUACCAUCUAUAUUACCCCAAACAGGUCAUUUGACCUUUUGAUACCUUCCUACAACUCUCUAACCCCAUAAGUUUCAAACAAAAAUGUCGACCUGCACUAGUAGAGGAAUUUUCUUCAUCCAAGUUCCCCACUGACACUUUCUUGAUAUAAUAUUUGGGGAUUGUGAAAUGUUUUUUACUUUUAGAUAAACCCUAAAAAAUGACAUGAUCUGAGAUAUAUAGCAACAAGAUAAAAAAGAAAAAGAAUGCAUGCCACAGGCAACCAUUUAUUUGGGGGGUGGGGGCAGAACAGAAAAAGGAAAAAGGAAUUUAGCAAUUGAGAGUAGUCUUUGAAGCCAGGGUCUGUAGUAAUCAUGAACCUUUGGAACAAAACUAAAGCUGAAGACCCUGAGAGCAAAGACAACGAUUCUUGAAGUAAAUGUUUGAGUUAAUAUGAACCUAUCCAAGGAUGGGUUCCAAGGAGGAAUUCAUGUUCUAGGAAGUUGUUUUGGUCAUUGAGGCAUGAAUGUAAAGGAAAAGAUCUUUGAGAAAUUUGAACUAACAAAUUAUCAAACAUUCUUGUUCCCAUCUUCUAUUUGAUGGAAAUAAGCUAGUUCUCCUGGACCUUUCCUUAAAUAUGGAUCUGACAGUAGAUCUUGGAACUAGAUAUGGCUAACUUUGCAGAAAGAAGGAUGAGAAGAUGGUUGUGUGACCUACAUCCUCUUCCAAUGACGAUUUAUACACUUUCCUCCAUGUCUUCUUCCCAAAGUCCCAAGUAUCAGCCUCUCUGACUCUUAGUACUCUCCUAGAGCACUCCAGAGCCCAAAAUUACAUUUUUCUUGCACUUAUCAAAAAUACUAUUCUCUUAUCCUACUUGAUGCUGGGAUUCAUCCAGUUAGGUCACUUUUUGUUAUAGUAUCUCAGUUGGAAGGAUGCUUUCAAAUUAUCUACUCAAUUCUAUAUCUGAUGUACAAAUGCCUUGUACAUCUCCAAUAAACUGUCCUAAUUGAACAUUCCUCAGAGAUAUGAGGCAGGCCAUUCAGAUAGCUUUAAAACUGUUGGACUUUGCAAUGUACUACACUGUCAUUUCUACCCAUUGGUCUUAUUUCUCUCCUACCUCAGCCAUCUACUCCCCCAUGAAGAGCAAUUCUAAUCUCUUCAUAUGACAGCACUUCAAACUUUGCAAGCAUUUAUUAUGAAUCCCCUAAAUCUGAGGUAGCUAACUAUAGUUACAGCAAUGGGCCUGGAGUUAGGAAGGCUGGAGUUUAACUCUAAGGCCCGGCUAUAUAUGCUCUGGGCAAGUCAGCCUCUCUGCCUCAAUUUCAACUGUAAAAUAGGGUUAAUAGCCCUACCUCCCAGGGUUGUUGUGAGGAUCAAAUGAGUUAAUAUUUGUAAAGAGCUUAGCACAGUCCCUGGCACAUAGUAGGCACUUAAUAAAUGUUUGGUCUCCCCUCCAAGUUAAACAUUCCCAGUGCCUUCAGCCACUUCAUAGUGAUUUGCUUCAUUGCUUCACCCUUCUCUAAGUAUCCUAUAAUUUUUUCAUCCCCCCUUUUACAUGUGUAGCUCCAACCUGAGCACAGCACCCUUGACAUAGUGUGACUAGUGCAGAAUGCAGAAGAGCUCCAUUCUGGCUACCAUACUUCAAUUAACAUGCCCUGUAAUUCCAUUGGCUUUUUGGACAGUCAUGUGUCUUCUUCUAGUUAAUGAAAGCUUCUAGUUCUUUUUUAUUUUUUAAACAUUAAUUGGCUUCUAACUGUUUCUCACAUCCUGUACUGGUGUGGUUGGGGAGGAGGUGUUGUUUGUUUCCUGUUUGGGAAGCUAAGUGCAGGACUUGGCAUUCCUUCAUAUUGUUAAAUGAGGCCUAUUCCAGUUUGUUGAGAUACUUAUAUGACCUUUCUGUCAUGCAACAUAUUCGUACUCCCUCCUAGCUUUGUGUAAGCAGCAAAUUUUAAAUACACCCCUUACUGCUUGAUCUUUGGUUAAAAUAUUGAUCUCAAGCCCUAUGACAGAAUUCUGAGACAACUCUUAAGAGAUUCCUUUCUAUAUUGACAUCCAUCUACUAAUGGAUUCUGAUUCUAAGCAUUUAGCAUGUUCCAGAUUCACCAAGCUAUACUAUAACACUGCCCUCAUCUAUCUAUCAGAAAUAAUAGGACUUGUCAAAUAUUUUGUUGAAAUUCAGAUGCAGCUGACAAAAUUCCCUUCAUGUAUAAUCUUUUAUCUGUGGCAGCCCCAAAUUGUCUGAUGACAGAAUUUACAAGUCAUUGAGACCUUCCUGAUUUUCACAGCCAUUCCUUGACCUUAAUGCUCUUACAAGUUAUGCUUCUGUAAUUAUCCUAUUAACUUUUAUUUUUAACCUUUUGGGAACUAUUCCUUACUCAUGACAUUAGAGAUGGGGGCCAGAAACUUAUUGGCCCAGGGCCAGCUGCCACUUCUGAUAGCUGAAGCAAAGAUAAUCUCCCAUCUCAACAAACGCCAUGUCCACCAUGGUAGGAAGGAUUAGUACCCUGACAUGGAAGUUACAAACAACCCCUAUCCAUAAAUCAGGAAGAGUGGUGAGAAUUUGCUGUAUGAGGUUUGCCAUAUUCAUGGGUAACCUCUCACAAAAUUAUCUUUGAUUCCUUUUCCUCCUAUCCUAAAGACUAUUAUACCCAAGACCCAACCACCUUUAAUAACCUUCCAGUCUUUAAAAUCUGGCUUUAGCCUUCCAUCUCUGGCAACAGAUAUAUAUUGAUAUUACUUGCUUUAAAUCCCUUUCUUCCCUCAAACCUUACAACACUGCCUCUGGAUGCUUUGUUUUAAUCUUUGAACUUUGAACUUCCCCUUCUAUAAGCUAAAACUUUUACUAUAAUAAAAGACUUUGCUUAAUGCUACUCUGAUUCUUUGCUAAAACCUCUAUGUCCUAAAAUAACUGGAAUGAAUUGGACACCCUCUCAAUGAUGGAAAUUAAGUUAGUCUUAUUCUUGGUGAACUUAUGAAUUCCUACCCAAAGUGCCCAGAAAACAAUCCAUUCGAGAAUUCCAUAGGAGGCAAGCAGCAAACUUGUUUGUCUGUGGUUUGGGGGUAGACUUGGGCAAAAACACAUCCCCAGUUCUAUAGUCUGAGUGCUUUCUAUGCUUCCUCAAAGCUUGUCAUAGAAUGGUUCAGAAAUCAUAUCAGCACGUUCUUUCUGAGACAUUUUCUAUCCAGCUUUGGACCUCCUUACCCUGCUCUGGGUUUAUCUUUGUGUUGUCGUGAUUAUGUUCAAAGGUGUUUGGGAUUUGCUUUUCCUAGACUGAUAGAUUUAGGAAAGACCCCACCUACCUCUGGUUUUAAGUGUAACUGGAACCAUUGCACGCCAGCCUGCAGGUCUGAGCAGGACAGAUUUCCUGGGUUGUAGCUAUAUGCACAGCUUCAAUGGCCAUAAUAAGAAUAAGACCCAGAAUGACAUGAAAGAAUCUGUCUCCUUGGCUUGUUUUCACAUGUGACUUUUCUUUGAGUGGUUUGUAUGCUGUUAAUAAAUAAGAAGAGUGUGUGUCUGUAUGUGGGUUCCUUAAAACCUGCACCACAGAAGUACAGUCCCAAAGCCUAGCUCAGUGCCUUGCACAUAGUAGGUCCUUAAUAAAUGUUGCUUGAAUUGCAAUUUUUAGGAUUUUAAGCUUUUAUUGAUACUUUUUAAAAAAAAUAUCACUGUACUUCCCAAUGCUUCCCCAAUAGAACCCUCCCUUUUUAGGGAGUAAAGUUGAGCAAAACAACUGAAACCUUGACUGUGCUACAUUAUUACAUAGGCUAUUCGCCUCUUCAUCAUCUCUCUAUGCUGAAGGAGAUGCUCCUUCAUAAACAUUCUGGAAUUAAGGUUGAACAUUACAGGCCAUUGGCCAGAUCUGGAUCCUGAGCCUUUGGGGCAUGUUCUUUUAUAUGAUUGUGGUCAUUGUUCUGUUGCAACUGCUUAUCUUGCACAUUUCCAUCAGCUUAAAAAAGUAAUUCCAAGUUCUUCCAAAUUCCCCACACUUGUUCCUUAUGGUGCAAUAAUAUUCUAUUACAUUCAUAAAUCAUAGCCAUUCCCAAAUUUGUGGAUACACACUUCUUUUCAUGUCUUUUUUCUUUUGUAUCACAAAAAAUGCUUUGAAAGUUUUAUUAUAUUUGAUCGUUUACCCCAUUGGUGUAAACGCCCAAUAAUGUUAUGACAGGCUCAAGGUUAUAAAUAAUCUUGUCACCUUUCUAGCACAUGAACUCAAUUAAAAAUAUUAUUAACUUAAAAACCAUUAACAAACACAAAUAUUCAAAUAAACAAAUAAGAAUGAAAAGAUUGUACAUAAAGCCACAUAGUUCUAUUUAAUUUUUUGAAUAUAUAAACUUUACAAGAUAAUUUUAAAAGUCAUCUUAUUUUUUCAAUUUACUUUUUAAAACUUUUUUGUCUUCUCUAUACUUUUCUCUACAUUUUUGCUGUUAUUAUAUACAUGAUCAUAGUUAGGGUGUCUGACUUACUCUGUAUCAUUUUUAGAAUUGUCCUUUAUUUCUUCAUAUUCUUCACAGUUUUACAUAUAUGUAUGUAUAUGUAUAUAUACACAUUACUGUACAGUAAUAAUUGAUUAUAUUCAUAUACUGAAGUUUUUCCGACUUCUCUAAAUCCAAGUUCUCUAAACUGAUGCUAUUUUAGGUUAUUUUCAGGGGCUUUUUAUUAUUAUGAAUACUAAUGUUAGGAUUUUUCUUCAUAAAUAGGUUUUUUUCCUCCUUUUUCAAUAACAUCCUUAAAAUAUAAUUUUAAAUUCCUUCUGGUUGUUGGAGAAUUAAGACUUUUCCUCCUUUCCCCAAUUGCAAGAAAUCUUGAACAGAAUAAUAAAUUUGGAAUCCAAUUCAAAUCCUAUCUCAAAUACUUAAUAACUGUAUGACCAAUGGACGAGUUGCUUAGUCUCUCAAAGCUACAAUUUUCUCUAUGAAUUAGGCAUAUAAUAUUUCCAAUACUUUACAAGGUUGUAGUGAGGACCAAAUUAGAUAAUAUAUUUAAAGAAUUUUGCAAGCUUUAAAAUGCUAUACAAAUAUCAAUUUCUUUUGUUAUACUGUUUUUUUGUGAUUAAAAAUCAUUUUGGUCAUUAAUCCAUUUGGAAUUUUUUUUUUUAGUACAUGUCAUGAGGUGAAUAUUUAGUCCCAUUUUUUGCCAUACGGAUAUUUUAUUUUCCCAACAUGUUUUUUUAAUAAUAACAAAUUUUUUUCAUAGUAUUCUUAUCUUUAUAAGCACUAUUCCAUUAUUUAUAUUUGAUGAUUGUUGGAUAUCUAAUCUGUUUUUCUCUUUCUUGCCAUAUACCAGAUCAGUAAAAUAAUUACUUUUUUCUUGUAUUAUAAAAAGUAUUGAUGCAAAUCUUCCUUUUUAUUUUUCUCAUAAAUUCCCUUGCUAUCUUUAUUCCUGACUGCUUGUUCUUCCAUAUAAGUUUUGUAAUUAUUUUACAUAAUUUUAGUGUCUCAUGAAUAUUGUUAUUAGUCUUGCUAAUUAAAUUCAUGUUUAUGUAGAGAAUAUGUACUCAUUUUUACCACAUUUAACAUUGCUUAAUAGAUUAAUCCAGCUUUUCAUUUUGAAUCCCACUCCAAUUAUUUAAUUAUCCUUUUAUUUCCAUAAAAAAGUUAUAGACCUUUUUAAGAGGUACUAUAUAUGUUUUGGUAGAUUAAUGUCCAAGCAUGUGAUAAAUUUGUUACUUUAAAUAAUAUUUCUCUUCCUAUAAGUUUUGCCUAAUUUUUAUUAGUGCUAUAUAAAAUGUUAAUAAUUUGAGGAGGUAAUUCCACAUGAUCCAAUAUUGAUAAAUAAAUAUUAUGUCAAUAUA